UCUCAGACGGAAAAUUGACGGAAAGUUCAACUUUAGUUGACAAAUCUGAAACGAAUGUUAUUGAAUCCAGUGCUGAUGUAAACUUGAAUAUCCAUAAUCAAUCGACCACUGAUUCAAAUCCCGACGCAGAAGAGCCCAAGAGUAGAGAAUCCUCCGUUCCUACGAUUGCUGUCACAGAGGGACCAGGGGCGAAGGAUCUCGCCGGUGGAAAAAGGUUAAGUGAACCUCUCUUCUUGAGAAAGAUAUUAUUGGAUGAAUCUGGUGACACAUUUGGCUUAUGACCUUGAGAUUUUCUCCUGCUCUUGCUUGGUGGAUCUUGGAUUUAUAUUCUUUUCUGAUGAGAUUACUUUUGGCAAAAGGGAUAAAGAUAUUGGUCUCCACGCUCGUGUGAGAGCACAUAAGAGCAAGGUUUCGAGACCUUAUAAGCAAGAUUUGAGAGAGGCUCGGAGUGAUGCUCCACACGGUGGUGGUAGAAACGGAGGAGCUGGCCGUGGUCGUAGUGGUUACGAUUUCAGACGUGGUGAUGGUCCUAUGAGGAAGGGAGAGGAGACAUUUCAAAGUCUUCUUAUGAGAGGCGUGAUGGUCAACGUGGUGAAGAUGGUAAAGAUGAACGUCCUCGAAGAGCAUAUGAGCAUCGUAGUGGAACUUUGAGUAUCGAAGAACUUUGGCCUAGAAUGAUUUUUCUACUUUUGCUCUGAACAAGAGGGGAUGCGGAAGAUGGCAAAGAUGAUAAACAAGACGCUUGUAUUAACUUAUAUCUACCUACUGAUCUACAUUCUACUCUCUUCAGGAGUUAUUCUGUACAACAAAGUGAUUCAAAUGCUAUACUUUAUUAAUGUUUCUAAUUC